UGGAAGGGGACUGCCCUUAGUGAAAAAUUGGGGUUCGCCUGGGAUCGUCUCAUGGAGUGCUUCCAUUACGCAAAUGGAAUUGUGUGGGAGCCAAACAAUGGAGCGUGCCGAGAAGUGCUUGCUAAAGUCGCCAAUCUAAUAGUUCACUUAGAUGAUGUUUAUGAUGUGUAUGGAACUCUAGACGAACUAGUUCUCUUCACCGACGCCAUUGGAAGGUGGGAAGAAAGUCCUAGUGAAAGACUCCCCGAAUACAUGCAAGCACUCUAUUCCGUGAUGUACAACACAUCCGCUGAGGUGGCUGAAAAUGUGUUGGAACAACAUGGUUGCGACGCUCGUCAUGUUCUUCAGAAAGCGUGGCGAGACAUGGCGGAGUCUUUCCUGGUGGAGGCAAAGUGGCACCAUGGAAACCACAGACCAACACUGCGUGAGUAUCUGGACAAUGGAUCAAUUUCAGCCUCUGCUCCACUGUUGCUGCAACAUACGUUUCCCCUGCUGCGUGUGGAUGAAAAGAUCACCCCAAUGUCUCUUGCUAAAGUUGGAAGCUACCCUAAAUUAGUUCAGUCAGCGUCGUUAGUUCUUCGGCUCUGCAAUGACUCUGCAACCCACUCUGCCGAGCUGGAGCGAGGGGAUGCACCAUCAUCAAUAGCUAUUCACAUGUCGGAGAACAGCUCCAGUGAGCAAGAGUCCCGUGAAGCCAUGGAAGACCUUACUAUGGAAGCCUGGAAGUCGAUUAACGAAGAUGCAUUCAAACACUACCGAUUUUCUAGAUCUUUUGCCAAGACUUGCGUGAAUUUGGCUCGAAUCUCACAUUGUGUUUACCAAGGUGGGGAUGGUUUUGGUGCGCCGGAUAGUCGGAAGAAAAAGCAAAUUAGGGAGUUGUUCUUGGACCCUUUCAUGAUUGAGGAACAUUAAACGGUGGGAAACACAUAUCUUAGAAAGAUGUUAUAUAGGCUUAAUUAUCUGUAG